CAAAAAUUUAAACAAAAAUAAAUAAUUAAUUAAUUAAUAGUAUAAUUAUUAAAAAAACCCGAAAACAGUAAACCGACACGAAUCCGGUGUUGACGCCAAUUGCAAGAAUCCGAUCAUCGAAGUAAACCCAACCCUAAAACUUAGUUUCUCCUUUUCUUAUUCUCUGAAUAAUCUCUUUCUUUUUCUCACAUAAAGAAGAAAAGAAAGAUAGAGAAAGGAUUUUUUUUUGUUUGAAAAAACUGUGUUGUCAAUGGCGGAGGAUUUUGCAAGGGCGGUGGAGGACGGGUUAAAGCUAGCGAAACGAAUAUACUUAGGGAAAGACAGAGGAUUGGUGGCGCCGCCAAAGCCGCUACCGCCAAUGGAGAAGUCACCGCAUUUGUACUUGCCAUCGGCGCCAAUGGUAUAUGCGGUUAUAUUCGACCCGAGGAUUGUCGACAACCCGGAUAUUCCGAGCUACCAGCCUCACGUGCAUGGCAGGUGCGAUCCACCCGCUUUGAUUCCUCUUCAGAUGAGCGGGGUCGAUCUCGACGUGGAUUGUUACGCCGAUACCGCUUUUAUUCAAGUUUCUGGCAAAUGGAGAGUCCAUUGUGUUAUGGCUAGCCGUUCCUGUGAUUGUCGCAUUGCUGUCCCUAUGGGCGACCAGGGUUCAAUUCUAGGUGUUGAGGUUAAUCUUCCUACAAAAUCAUAUUCUACUGAACUGAAUGGAGUGGAAGAAAGUAAGGGUAUUGAAAAGAUAGCGAGACCAGAAGAUGGAGGGUUUUUGAAGACUCAUAUAUUUACAUUAACAAUACCACAGAUCGAUGGGGGUACUAAUAUUUCAAUUAAGCUUCAUUGGUCUCAGAAAUUGUCAUAUAAUGAGGGCCAGUUUUUCUUGACUGUGCCCUUUAGUUUUCCUGAAUAUGUUACUCCUGCUAUAAAGAAAAUUUCAAAAAAAGAAAAGAUACAGUUGAAUGUGAACCCUGUUAUUGCAACUGGAAUUUUGUGCAAGGCAACUAGUCAUCCUUUGAAGGAAAUAAGACGCCGUGCAGGGGGGUUCAGUUUCUUAUAUGAAGCAGAAAUUCUCACAUGGUCCAAUACUGACUUCAAUUUCUCAUAUUGUAUUUCUUCUGGAAACAUAUUUGGAGGCGUCCUUUUGCAGUCUCCAUCUUUAUAUGAUUAUGACCAAAGAGAUAUGUUUUGUAUUUAUCUUUUCCCUGGAAGUCAGCAGAGUAGGAAGGUGUUCAGAAAGGAGGUCAUAUUUGUUGUUGAUAUAAGUGACAGCAUGCAAGGGAGGCCACUCGAGAGUACCAAGAAUGCUAUAUCUACUGCCCUUUCUAAGCUCAGUCCAGAAGAUUCAUUUAACAUUAUUGCUUUUAGUAAUGAGACUUUUCUAUUUUCAACAUCCAUGGAGUUGGCUUCCGAGGAAGCAACUGAAAGGGCCACUGAAUGGAUUAGCAUGAAAUAUAGUGUGGGGGGCGGUACAAAUAUGUUUAUUCCACUAGAAAAGGCAGCUGAGAUGCUAUCGAAUACUCGUGGUUCAAUUCCUAUUAUUUUUCUUGUUACUGAUGGGGCUGUUGAAGAUGAGAAAAACAUUUGUGACUGGAUGAAAAAGCGUCUGACAAAUGGAGGAUCAUUAUGUCCACGCAUACAUACUUUUGGCAUAGGUUCAUUCUGUAAUCAUUAUUUCCUGCGCAUGCUUGCUAUGAUUGGCCGGGGUGAAUUUGGUGCUGCUUGUGAUCUAGAUUCAAUUGAGGUUCAGAUGCAAAAAUUAUUUAGCAAAGGUUUAUCUACUGUUCUUGCAAGUAUAUCCAUUGAUGCAUUUGAUGAUCAUGAACAAAUAGAGGUGUACUCUUCAUGUAUUCCUGACCUUUCAUUUGAAAGCCCAUUGACAAUAUGCGGGAGGUACCAAGGCAGUUUUCCUGACAUUCUUAAAGCUAAAGGUAUUUUAGGAAAUUUGAGUAGCUUUAUUAUUGACUUGAAGAUAGAAAGGGCCAAGGACAUACCUCUUGACAGAGUGUUAGCAAGACAGCAGAUUGAUCUGCUCACAGCUCAGGCUUGGUUUUCAGAAAAAAAACAGCUUGAGGAGAAGGUUUUAAAAUUAAGCAUACAGACUUGCAAUAUCUGUGAGUAUACCCGCAUGGUCCUACUUGAGCAAAAUAAAAUAGACAAAGCCACUGAUUCUUCUGGAGCUCGGAAGAUACCGAAGAAAGGCGAUCCACAUAAAAUGGAGGAUUCUGAAGCGCCCAAAAAGGUAUUGCUUCAAAGCCUUUCAGUUGGCUUUGGUGACCUGAUUGCCACUGCCGAAAACAUUCGCCCAGGAUCCGAAGAACAAAAAUUGCCUGAAGUUGCUGAAAUUUUUAUGAAGGCAACUUCAAAUUGCUGUGGUCAGAUAUGUAAUCAAUGCUGUUGCAUGUGCUGCAUCCAAUGUUGUUCAAAGAUGAAUAAUCAAUGUGGUACUACAUUAGCCCAGCUGUGCACUGCUCUGGCAUGCUUUGGCUGCCUUGAUUGUUGCGUAGAACUAUGCUGUCCUGGACAAGAUGGGCAAUAAACACAUUCCAAAAGUUUGAAUUAGCUGUUGUAUAUUGUUGUUUAUAGUGUGUAAAAUGAUAAUUGCCAUAUUAUUUUCAUUAGUUUGAACCACCCAACAUACACAGUUGCAGAGUCUUUGCAAUUUUUACCCUAUCAACUGCUUUAUUUUCCUCUGUUGGCCAAGGAGAUAUUGACCAUUUCGAAAGUGGUUCACUCUUCAUUUUCAUUAGUUUGAACCACCCAACAUCCACAGUUACAGAGUCCUUGCAAUUUUCACCCUGUCAACUGCUUUAUUUUCCUCUAUUGACCAAGGAGAUAAUCAUUUCAAAAGUGGUUCAAUCUUCAUUCGAUUCCAUUGCUAUAGUGUUGCACUUUGCCCUCAAAGCAUACAAUUUUC